ACUCGGACAAACAUAAGUUUGGGAAUAUGAUUCAAAACUCGAUGAUGCGCAGUGGUUCUUGUUUACUAGCGUUACCAUGGAAACGGCCAGUUUGCUGAUCGCCAGUGUCGUAGUUAGAAGUGCAUUACGUAUCGCAGAGAGUGUUACUUAUUGGUUUGAUCGUGUUGGAUAUUUUAUUAAUAGUUUUUAGCUUAGUGUUUGGUAUAUUAGUAGUAGUAAUUAGUGUAUUAUUAAGACAUUUAGUGUAUCUCUAGUGUGUUAAGUUAAGUCAUUAGUUAUUUAACAAUAUGCCUCAUAAAAAGAUAGGAAUCAAAGGGCUGGGAUUGAAUAGCCAAGCAAAGGCAAUCAUUUAUAAUGUUACUACAUUUAUGGAACAAGAGGCAGCACAUUUCAAAACAACCGAAAACCUGUUAAUACCUUUAAGUAAAUUGACGGAUAGGAUUCUAGCAGCGACGGGUAUAAGCAAAAACACCUUAACCAAAAUAAGAAAAGAAGGUAGAGACGUAAAUAAAAAUGAAGCGACUAGUUUAUCUUUUAAAAGUCCAAAAAGAAAACGUUGUCGUUCCAAAAAAAUUGAAUUUAGCAGUGGACAAGUGAAAACCAUAAAAAAUAUUAUAUACGACUUCUACACCAUCGAGAAAAGAUCCCCUACAAUUAAUGGUAUCUAUCAAAAACUAAAGAACAAACAAAUGGAAUUUCCAGGGUCAAAGGAAACAUUAAGGAAAACGAUAAUUGGAUUAGGCUUUAGGUAACAUAGUAAAAGUAAUUAUUCAGCUUAAAAAAUAAAAUUGUAUAAUGGAUAA